AUGGCUUCUCUGCUGGACAACAUAGCCAGACCUUCUGCUAUUGUUUUGCAGCUGUCUGCGGUGCUUGGUGUCAUUUUUGUGCUCCUGAAGGUGGCACAGUUCUACCAGGAGAGGAAGAAAAUCGCCAAAGCGAUGGAGGCGUUCCCUGGUCCCCCAAAACACUGGCUCUAUGGACACAAUCACCUGGUAGCUGCUGAUAAAAUAUUAGAACAGUUUGUGUCAUGGGCAGAAGAAUACCCCUAUGCCUUUGCCAGAUGGUUUGGACCAGUCAUGCCUGUUCUAGUAGUCCACCAUCCUGAGUAUGCCAAAACUGUACUUGGACAAACAGAUAGCAAGCCCAGCUUUCCCUACAAUUUCAUAGUUCCCUGGAUUGGGAAGGGGCUGUUGAUCUUGAAUGGAGCCAAAUGGUUCCAGCACCGGAAGAUGCUCACCCCAGCCUUUCACUAUGAUGUGCUGAAACCUUAUGUACACAUGGUGUCAGAUUCAGUCAAAGUGAUGCUGGAUAAGUGGGAAAAGAAGAGCACAGAGUCAGUAGAGAUCUUUCAGGAUGUUAGCUUGAUGACACUGGACAGCAUCAUGAAAUGUGCCUUCAGUUGUAAGAGCAACUGUCAGACUCAGAGCAACUCAGACUCUUACAUCCAAGCUGUUUUUGAUCUGAGCCGCCUCACGAGUGACAGGGUGCGGAAUUUCACUUACAAGGAUGUCUUCUAUGACCUGACUGGCAAGGGCCGUGAGUUUCAGGAGGCCUGCAAGGUGGCCCAUAUCCACACAGAUAAGGUCAUAAAAGAAAGAAAGAUGUUGCUCAGCAAUGAGAAGGAACUUGACAAGAUCCAGAAGAAGAGACACCUGGAUUUUCUGGACAUUCUUCUUUGUGUCAAGGAUGCAAAUGGAGUUGGGCUAUCCGAUGAGGAUCUGCGGGCCGAGGUGGACACAUUCAUGUUUGCUGGCCAUGAUACCACAGCCAGUGGGAUCUCCUGGCUCUUCUAUUGCCUGGCAAUGCAUCCAGAGUACCAGCAACAGUGCAAGCAGGAGAUCCAGGAGAUUUUGGGAGACCGCGAUACCGUGGAGUGGGAGGACCUUGGGAAGAUGACUUACUGCACAAUGUGCAUCAAAGAGAGCCUGCGCCUGUUCCCGCCGGUCCCUGCCGUCUCCCGGCACGUCUCCAAACCCCUCACGUUUUUCGACGGACGCAGCUUGCCAGCAGGCUGCCUGGCUUCUGUGAACAUUUUCAGCAUUCACAGGAACCGGGAUGUGUGGAAGGACCCCGAGGUUUAUGAUCCCCUGAGGUUUUCUCCAGAGAACUCAGCAGAGAGACAUUCCCAUGCUUUCCUGCCUUUCUCUGCUGGAUCCAGGAACUGCAUCGGGCAGCAGUUUGCCAUGAACGAGAUGAAAGUGGCUCUGGCCCUGACCCUGCUCCGCUUUGAGCUCCGUCCUGACGCGGCCAGGCCUCCCACGCUCAUACCACAGAUGAUCCUCAGGUCCAGCUGUGGGAUCCACCUGCGUCUGAAGAAGAUCUGCUGACCCUGUGGGGCACCGUGGUGAGAGGCAAGCACUUUUCAAGGACUAUGCUUCUCCCAGAAUUUUAAGAGGGUAACACCAAACAGCCUCACCCUGGCCACCUCAGACCUCUCUCACACUGAUUUCCCUCCAUGCUUGCCAGCCAGAGGGGCGUGCUGAGCCCCCUCAGACACACACACCCAACUCAGUAGGUCCAGGUCCCAUCUUUGCACAGGGAGCAACACUGCCAAGGGGGUUUUGCAACGUGGCUGUGUCUCAGCCUUCAUCCCCACGGGCAUCCUUGUGUGUCCUA